UUAUGGCUCUGAUGGUGGAGUAAUCACUCUUGGGACUGAGCCACAGCAGUCGGGUGCCACGGAGGCCAUCGGACACCUCUUUGCAGGACUCCCAGCAAGUCACUGGUGGCAGCAGCAAGAUUUCAGCCCCCAGGAAUGAGAAACCUCUACCCCUGAAGACCCCAGACUUGGGUUUCACGUUGCGCUGAGCCUCUGCCCUCAUUCUGGGCAGCCCUGCCCGCUAUGGCGUUGUGUCUCAAGCAAGUCUUCAACAAAGACAAAACAUUUCGUCCCCGAAAGAAGUUUGAGCCGGGCACCCAGCGCUUUGAGCUGUACAAGAAAGCCCAGGCCUCCCUCAAGUCCGGGCUGGACCUGAAAGCAGUGGUGCAGCUGCCUCCUGGCGAGAGCAUCAAUGACUGGAUCGCUGUGCACGUAGUGGACUUCUUCAACCGCAUCAACCUCAUCUACGGCACCAUGUCGGAGUACUGCACGGAGAAAAGCUGCCCCAUCAUGUCCGGUGGACUCAAGUAUGAGUACAGGUGGCAGGAUGACAGCAAAUACAAGAAGCCAACCAAGCUGUCGGCUCCACAGUACAUGUGUAUGCUGAUGGACUGGAUUGAGAUGCUCAUUAACAACGAGGACAUCUUCCCCACCAGGAUAGGUAUGCUGCGCUUGUGAAAACUGAGGCUUGGUAGGUUGUCAGCUUCCUUGCUCUUCCUCAAGGAGCUGAGCCACAGUUGGGCUCGUUAGAGUUGUCAUCACACCCCUGCAGCAUGCUCUUCUCUCAACUGACUCAAUUUCUUUCUAGUUUUCCAGGUAGGUUCAUGGUUCCAAGGUCUAACCCUCGUCCCACCUUGCUGCUUCACUUCUCAGCUCCUUUCCAUCUAUGCUAAUUCAUCUCAGCCCUGAUUAUACAUCACAUCUUGCUAUUUAGCUGAGGUGUUGCCUGAGUGGAGAUGCCUGUCCCCGGGAUCUGGCCUUUCCAGUUGUCAACCCCCAGGGUAUAUGAUGCGCCCCUUCAAAAAGUUGGGCCUUAGGAGCUUGCAGCAGCUGCCAAAGGCAACACAACUUGCAAACUAACCCCUCUGCUGCUGACUUCCAGCACUUGGCAGCUGCCAAGGCUAGUAUUAGCCCUGCUACUUAGCCACUUUCUUGUUGUUUGGGGAGAUGAGUUCAAGGGUUGGAGUUGAUGCCUUACCUGGUGGGGCUGCCAGAGCCUCAGGCUAUGCCUUGGAGCACUUGCUUUUCAGAUGAAACACAAAGCUACUUGAAUGUAAAAGAAGAUUUAAGGAGCUUCAGUGCAGGGGGGAGGGGGAAGGCAAGCAUGGUUUUGCAAGUCUGCUUGACUUUUUUGGUUUUUCAAGCAGCAGAGCUGACAGAGCUGUAUGAAAUCAGUGCAGUUUUGGAUCAGGAUUUUUAUUAAUAUGCUGGAAAACAUUGAAGAAAAUGGUCUAUGUGGGAUUGCUGGCAGCCACUGACUGCUGUAGCCCCAUUUGGCUGUGCUGUAGCAUCUAGCUGCGUGUCUUUUUCGAGAAAGUCUCUGGUCCUUGGAGGGGCUGCGGCUCUCUGCAGGCAAGAGGAGAGGCAGUGCUGGUAGGCUGGUUAACUAUUAAUUUUGGCAGCUGGGAUGGGGUGGCCCCCCAAACCCCUGGUCUGACUUGGCUCCGUUGGCUUUGCCUGGGGUUAUGGUGGUACAACUGCCCCUCUGGGGGUUUCUUUCUCUCUCCCUCCAUCACCUGAAGCCAAGACCUGCAGGCAAUUGCUGCUGCCUUCCCCUUGCCAGCAGUCUGGGGCAGAGCUGGGUAGUGCAGUGCCAGAUCCUUGGGCGAGGACAGGCAGACAGGCUGCCUUCAGUGCACGCCAGGGAGCCAUCCCCUGGGAUUCACUGGGGGCAUCUGCUGUGCCACGGAGGCAUCCCUCCCUCGUGGGCUCAGUGGGUUCCACGCAUCGUGGCAGAUGGAGGAGUCUGGAUGUGUGGCUGGCUGACAGUGUCAGCGCAGGAUGCUCUGUGCCGGCAGCCCCAGCUCUGCUGGGGACAACAAAAUCGACGUUGAUUCUGGCUGCAGCUGGGCGCAGGCUUGCUGCUGCCGAGGGGCGAAACAGCAGCCACAGGGUACGGGCUGCCUCUUCCCCAAGCGGCUUGUUCCCAAGGAGAAGCUCUGCGCACCAUUAAAAGCAGGGGCACAGAUGUGGAUUUACGCUGUUUUCCCUCCAUCCAGAAAGGACAGUGUCCUGGUCCAAUUUCAUGCCUUUCAGGUGGGAUUUGGGAUGUGAUGCUUGAAAGCUGCCUUGGGGAGUCAGAGCUACAAGGAGUCUUAAUACAGCAGAAUACAGGCAGCUGGGGAGGGAUAGUGGUGUCGCAGCACCCUCUGCUACCCCUCAUCUCCCUCUGCGAUGCAAAACCCAAGUACAGUCGUGCCCUCCUGGUUUUCACCUGAUUUCUGGCACUUCUCCCUCUGAAGUGUAACACGUCUCAACUUGGGGAGGAAUGGCUGGUGCCUCUGGUUUCCAUUUCUUUUGUUUUGGCAUGGGGACAGUUCUGGGUGAGGUAUGGGCUGGCUGCAAGCAGUCAUGGGGCAAACCCAUUUUUUUCUCUUCCAAAGCCACUCCUGCGUGCCUCUUCCAAACCUCUUUGUUGUGAGGACCCCUGUGUCCCUGAGUGACUUCAGUCCCCUUGCCAGCGUGUCUUGGUGGCUCUGGCCUCACACAUGUGAAAGGAAACUUAGCUUAGUUCCGUUAGUUCUCUUAGGAAAGAGAUCACACUUUAAAAUGCAUGAAAGGCUGUUGUGGAGGCAGGGGGAGGAGGGAGCUGGUGGCACUUUGUUGUCAGUGUGUCCCCAAUUAACUGCCUUUCAGUGGCCUGCCUUGUGUGCUGGGUGAUUGCUUGGCAGCUCUGGCAUUUCAGAAGAUGGAGGUGUUUGGCUGAAGGGAAAUGUCACAUCUGCCUGUUCCUGCCGGGCUGCUCUUCAUUGCUUCGCCAGAUGAUGGGCAAGCCUGGGGGAUGCACAGCGGGGAGGGAUGCAGGGCUCAGGGACCAGGCGAAAAAACAGGGAUGCUGAGCCUUCCUCCUAGGGAGCCAACCCCUUGCAAAAAGACCCAGGACAAGGGGAAUGAGGCACCGAGAGGACAUAGGGGAGAUGUGAGCUGUUUUAAGGAGGGGAAAGGAGUCUGAUGAGGUGAUGGGGGGAGAUUUUAUAUUUCAUGCUUUGAGUUGCAGUGAGGCUCUUCAAUAUUAGCAGCAGAGAUGGGAUUUAGCGUGAAGGUUUGUUCCACUCCUGCUUGUACCGAAGAGGUCCACUGGGACAGCCGACCACCAUCUCAGCAGGUGUUUCAUGAGCCUUGUGCAUCUCAGCUUUACCUCCCGGCCCCUCUUUGCUAUGCGCAAUAAAACUGUCCCAGUACAAAGAUCUCCCUGGCUAAGGCCACUUGACCACAGACAAAAUUGACUUUUUCUUUUUUUCUUUUUUAAGAAACAGCAAGUGUUCCCCAAAUUUGCUGAUGUUGCCUGAGGCUAACCUCAGCAUCCUUUUCCAUCCAAAAGCCACAAAGCCUGAAGCAGCAUGCAAUUCAGUGGGGCUUGCUCAUGGCUGUCCUGGCAGUUAAGGGAGAGGUAUUUCAUGGGUCAAAGGGGGGAAAUCCUUCACGCUGGGUUGAGAGGCUCAGGUGGAAAUGAGCACAGAUGGUUCACUGGCUUGUGGGCUUACAGCAUCCUUUGGCAUCAUGAGGGAGUCCUUGCCGGGGGUAAACAGGCACAACUCUCGGUGACUGGAGCAGAACCGGGCUGAUAUGCACCACUAAAGCAUCUGUUCCUUCAGCGUGUGUCAGAGGUGGGAGGGGAGCAGAGCAACCUGGGUGACAAACACCUUUGGUUUAGCCAAGCUGUGCGAUGCAGAGUGUAUGCAGCUGAUAUCCAAAACAGCAGCAAGGGAGCCUGAUGCCAGCAGACAGCUUGUGACCUGGCAGAGUUAACCAGCAGGACCACAGCCCUCGGAUGGCACACUUGCACCAGUAGAAAAUCCUUGUGGUGGUUUAAUGGGGCUGGGGGGGCUGCCAAGCCCUCUGUGUACCGCAGCAGGGGUUGAGGAGAGAUACUGUGUCUUCCCCAACCUAAGGGAAAUCCACCUGCAGGGCUCGGUCCCACUUAAAGACUUUGUUGUAUAAUCGUUCUUCUGGAGCGGAAACCUGUUUGUCUGCCAGUCAAGAUGAGACAAAUCCCUGCAUGGAGUGAGCUAUGCCAUCUUGAUCACUAUAAAUCUACAGCAGCAGCAGCUUUCCCAGAUGACCUGUAUCAGUUUGCAUACGUUAGCACUCUGUUUCCACUCUUCCAAUUAAUGUGGCUGUCCUGAAAAAUACAUUUAGAUGGAGAAUGAACAUUGUUCCCAUGCAGGGAAAAGAAUAAAUGAUUCUACAGGUGUAUUUUUACCAUCUGGUAAAACUAUAUCAGUAGAUUUCUUCAGUGAGUGGCCACAUGAACAAAUUACCACCUGGAAAAUAUUGGUUCCUCCCAGUCAUCGUUCUGCUCUGCGGUGCCUGGUUUUAGGGAGGUGCUGUGGGGCAGUAGCGCACUGGGGAAGAGGGUGGAUGGGAUUUGCCGGGCCCAUGGCAGUCGGCUGCAUUGGCACUGGUCAGCCCAGCAUCAGCCUGCUGGUUGCACAAGGCCAGGCAUCCUACAUCAGCACCAUCACGGCUUCUGAAACCUCGCCGUUAUUAAAUCAGAGCAGACGCAGAGUCUGGAUCAGACUCAGCGCCGGAAACACCCCGUGCUCUCUGCCAAAUGUGCCUGCAGCUCUAAAGAGCAUCAGUCACAGGAGAUUUUGGAAGAGUUCUUGGAAAGCAUUUCAAAACUCAAGCUCUGCCAUUCAAGCGUGGUCCCAAAACAAUUAUAAAAAACAGAGAAAACUUGGUGCAAAAUGAUCCAAUACUUUCUCCCCAUAACGACAGGAGAAAAAUGUGCAGAAUUCAGCUAAUUAUUGCCGUUCUCUCAGCUGGCUAUUUUUUACAUGACUUGUCUUUUUUUCUGCCUAUUUUCUUCCAAAAUUAACACCACACCAGCUUGCAGCUGCCAUCAUGCCAUUAGUUUUAAAUGGGGCUUUAAAGACUUAUUUUUAGGAAAAAAUGAAUCACUGAACACCAGGGUGGCCAAAAUGGAGUAGAGAAAUAACAACAACAACAAUAAUUCAUGAUGUAGUUCAUUGAAUUACUGCUUUUGCAGAGGAAAAAAAUACAAUUGCCAAGAAGCAAAAUAGCUUCCCAGUACUGAUUCAUCAUGAAAAAAUUAAAUUGGCUGGAGCAUGAGGGUUAGGGAUGGGAGAGAUGGCAGGAGAGAUCCAAAAGCCAUUCACAGUCCCUUUCCGUAUGCACAGGCACUUUGUUACCUCUCAUUUUCAUUUCCUUUUACACGUGGUCCCACAUGGUUUCCUUAUGUUUUGAAGCAAUCAGCACAGAGUAGGGAAAACAGAUUUCUCAGAGCAUUAAAUCACAUCUUGGGGUUUUGAAGCAAAACAUCCAAGGUAAACUGAAGGUGCUAAUUCAUUUCAGGGCUGUGAGUCAUGCUGCUUGCCGGUGCCUUGGCUGUGUUGCAGUGAGUGAAAUUGUACCUGACAGCUUUUGCCCUGGCUUGGAGCAUGAGUAAGGUUCUCCCUUUGCUGCGCUGUGGAUGGCUGCUCUGCUCCACUCCUCCUGGGACCGGGCUGCGUUUAUGUCCUGGGACAGGUGAUGCUCCCAGCUGCUGGCUGUCUGGUCUGUGUGGAGUAUCUGGUUAGUGCACACCUGUGAUCAUGGGUGGAGGAGAAGAGCUGACCCUGUGUAUAAAUCUUUUUCCCAGUAUCUGAGCAAGCUCACGUUGCAUCCUGUGGUCCCCUCCUCGUCAUCACGCAAGAGUCAGAGGGUUACUGCUUGCCAGAUUGUGGGUUUGCUGCUGCUUUCUCCAAGGUUGCUGGAUGGUGAGCACCAGUGAAUUAAAUGUAAAAGUAAUUUCAAUGCCUUUCAAUCAGCCCAGGUGGGUUUUGUGGUGUUCUGCUGCCCCUUGGGGCAGCUGGGACCAGCAUCAGUGGGAUGCAGUGGAAUGGCAUUGCUGGGUCCCAGUAUGUGUGUAGGGCUGGGAGGGUGAAGCAAAACCCAUCAGCAGCACCUGCCAGGGUGCUUUGCCAAAACCUGGGGCUUCAUCCUGACUUUCCCCUGGCGUGCCAUACAUCUGCUAACAAGGUCAUCUCAGCCAUGCAGUCAAUCCCACCAGCCUCAUCCGUGCAUCUCACCAAGCUGCUACUCCUGCUGGUUUAUGCCACCGUGCACCACCUCCAAGAUGAAGACCCCCAAGCAAGGGCCACCACUGCCCUGCUCCCAGGUGCUGCUUAUCGGUGCAUUGGCCGCUACUGGGGUCUCUCUGCCACUGCCUGGCCCAGCCUGACAGGGAGGUGGGAGCCAUGAGGGGAGCAGCCUGCCACCCUUCAUGCCUGGGGCCCCAUUGCUCCCUACUUGCUGUCAGGGUGACCCCUUCUAGCAGCCAGGAUGGCUCUGAAAUGAACUUAUGGGAGCUCAGCUGCUCGGUUUAAAGCUAAACAUCAGCAAGGGCAGGACCAGUGUGUGGCCAGUGCUGAGAUCCCUGUCCCAGGGCUUCCCUCUUGCUGGGACGUGCUGGCUGCAGUGUGCGCCUGGUUGCAGGGAGGAGGCACAGCCUGCUCUCGCUGUGUCCCCUUGCAUGCUGGAGAGGAUGUCACAUGCCUUGUCUGUUGGACAUCCGCUGCACCAGCAGCUGUGACCUAGGGCAAGCCAUAUUUAUGCCGGAUCUUUCUGCUGCUCUCCCCAGGUUGGUCAGAUGCAGCCUUUACUGGAAAGCCCUUUCCUUUCAGCUUUGGGCGAGGGGAUGGGGAAUUUUUCCAGCUCCUCGCCAGCGUGGCCAGUGCCUGCUGUGGCUGCUGUGGCUUGCUUUCCAAGUCAGUGGAGAUCAGCAGCAAGGCAUGACUUGCUGCUGGCAGAGGCAACCUGCUUAUCAGAUAUCCACCCUGCUUCCUUCCCGUGGGGAAGCGCUUUGAUCAGCUGGCACAGGCCCCUGUGCCAGAUGCAGGGUCCAGCCAAGCAUCCGUAGCCUGUAUUGAGGGUCCUGGCAGAGGCACACAGACAUGGCUGCAGCACCAGCAGAGGAAGCAGGACCCCAGGGCCCAGGGUCGUGUCCUGUGCUGCUGCGGCUGCCCCUGCCUCCCUGGGCGUGUGUAUGAGUGAGAAGGGUGAUGCCGGGGGGAAGAGCCAGAGCAGGACCCCAGUGACCCCUAGACCCAAAGGACCAUAGUGGGUGGUGGUGUCCAUGACAUGGUCGGGUGAGGGGUCACCUGUAGAAGUCCAUCAGCGACAGCCAGCCACACACUGACACCUUGUGAUGGACACAAAGAAGAGCAGCCCAGCUUCACCUCCCGGGAGCUGCUGCUGCUGGGUUCGUGUGAAAGCACAGUGCUAGGUAGCCCAAAGGGUACUUUUAGGUCCUGGAAGCUUGAUGGUAUCUUUCCAGGCAUCAUUAGGUAUUAGGUAUCUCAGCAGCUCUCAUAGUUGCUGAUGGUCAUGAGAUUUGGAGUAGAUGACUUUUAAAGGUCCCUUCCUACCCAAACUGUUCUCUGAUUUAUGCUAAAUAUCUGUUCCCUGAUGCACGCGCUGCUUUUGGAGAGCGCAGGAUGUAGCUGGAGGUGUCUCACCUCGAAGUCUCUCAGCUGCCAGCUUGUCCAUGAAGACUUGCUGGCAGCUGAUUUAUAGGACAAGACGGUUCUGGCUAACCUCAGGACAAAAGUGGUAUAAAGUUACUUGCCACCAUCUGCCGGCUCUAGAGGUGGCUCAUCUAACAGCAACAUCUGGACCACAGAUGCUGUCGGCCCUGGAGCCUGAGAUCCUUCUGAUCUGUCCACUCACUGUCUUACUUCUUUCUGAGUUCAGGACUGGGUUAUGGUUUGCUGCUUUCCUUCGCUAUCGCUCUUUGCAGUGUGGCAAUAAACUCCUGGCAGCUGGUCAGGUCUGAGUUCUUCCUCACUGCCUGCUUUGACUGGAGGAGGCACUAGGCGAGUGGGACGAGUGACAAACUGGAGGCCACAAACAUGCUGCUGGCUGCCUGCUGGCACUUUGCUGACUUCCCAGCAGCGACUGCUCGACUCUGGUCCCAGGGAGACAGGCUGUUCAGAACAGCAUGUAUUCCCCAGCCAGGGCCCGGCAAUAUGUGUUCAUCAAAAAUUACUUGCUGCGAUGAAUUUUUCUUUAUUAAAAAAAAUAUGUUUCUUGACUGGUUCUUCAAUGCUGGUCUGCAGGGGCCACCCUAACUACACAUCUGAGUCCCCAGCUGGGUGAUUAUGGCUUUUAUUUGCUCAGCAAAUUCUCACUCAGUGCAAAAAGCUCAAAUGAAGCCAUUGAUAAAGCGUCGUGUCCUUCCUGACUGCAGGGAAACCUGGAGAUCUCUCUCUCAUCCCCACCCUUAUCUGACUGGCAGGCAAGGAGAGCUCUGCAGUCAAGGGUGUGGGGCAGAAGCAGAUCUCCAGUACCAUCUCUAAGCUGCUGGCAUGGCGACAGCCUGGUUGUACUUUGCCAGAUGCAAACACCGUUCCCCGAAAGUCCUAACGGGAUCUGUUAGACCUGGCAGUGAAACGGGUCAUGUGGAGGUCCCUGCUGGGGGAGCAGCCCAGGGGCUGCAGCCUGCUCGUCAUUUUGCACAGCAGCGGCCACGAAUCAGUCCCCAAACCACCUCUCUGUGUUCACAUUAUGCUGAGCUGAGCUACGUGUCCUCCUCCAAGUGCUGGCUGGGGCAUCUGCCUGUGGCGUGAGCAACGCGCUGCUGCCCUGCCUGCCGCGCCCUCGCUAUGCAGGGAGCAAAGGGAGACCAGGCUGGGCUCAGGGUGACUCUUUUACACCAAAGAUCGUUUUCUGUUCAGUGCUGCGGUACUGAACUCGGCACCUGCCGAACCCUGGCCAUUGAAAACACAGGCUCCACGCGUGAUGUUGGAGGCACGGGCCCUUUGCAUUUGCCUCCCACAGAGGAGAGAGGCAUGGCACUGCUGCUGGGAAACAAAACUGCCAGGAGCCUUUGAGAAAAAGAGCUUAAUUGCCUAGUAAGGCUGAUGAGAAAGAUUCAAAGAUAAAAUUACCAUUUUAAAUUUUUUUUUUAGCUGAGAGAUUUGCUGAUGCUUUCCACAGUGCAAAAUGUGUGAACUGGCUAUGGUUGAGCAGAGAUUAUUUGGAAAGAUUUUUAAGAGGUUAUGUGCUGCAUUAAUAAGAAGCUAAGGGAGGAGGCUGGUACAACCGUGGGAAGGGAGGUUUUUAUUUUGUUCUUUGCAAAUUUGCAUUGAAUUGCUCAGGGGAGAGGAAGAAGCUUCAGGAAAACAAAUUCCAGUUGUUUCAUUUUCCUCCUCCCAAAAAACAUAUGUUCAGGGUUUCAAAGCCAUGCUUCCUGUAGAGAUUUACCCCAGGCUUGCUGACACUGACUGUGUCACACCUCUGAGAUUUUCACUGUGAUAGCAGUGCAUUUAAACAGAUAGAAAUGCAGGGUAUGAAAUUGUGUCCUUGGGUGGGACAAGGCUAAAUAUACACCAAGGUGUGGCGGGACCCAUUCUCAAACAACCUGGGAGGACAUUUCAGGCGGGCGCAUCAGACAGGUGCAAUGAAAUUACAACCUAAACAUGAUUAAGAUGGGCAGUUUUCUUCCUGUUUUAAUGAGACAUUUGUUUGAAACAAGGAUCAGGAAAAAAGGUAGCAAACCCACCUGUUUUCUGUUGAUGCAUCAAAGGUGAUGCUUGAGGGUGUGUGUGGGAAGAAAAACAGUAUGAGCUGUUCUUUUCAUUCAGAGAACCAAGGAAGGUGUCUUUUCUGCUGGAAGGAGGUUUGGUUUUGUUCAUGGACCUGGGUAAAUACAAUUUGACUUAUGCUGUGUCUGCACAGGCUCGUAGGGGAAAGGCAGGGAGAGUAGGCUGAAGGAUCCUCUGCCAGAUUGCUGUGCAUAGAGACAGAUGUGGAGAGACAUGGCCUCCUCCACCGGAUGAGAAAUUUUCUCUCCUAGGGCAAUCCCGCAAAUCCUCAGACCAUGUCUGUGUGAAAUUGCUGGGAGUGCCAUGAGGAAGUCUGUGAGGAGAGCUAGAUGGCACAUUGCCCUGGUGUAGCUGUUGACAUUAGCCACUGAGUUCUUCCUCAUUGUCCAUGACUGCCUGUUAAGCAUGAGUGACAUUUAAAUGCUAGCUGGGUUUUUUUUGGAAAUGGUCAAAUGGCUUCCAACUUGCUUCUGCU